GGCAGUUAAAUAUAAUUUAUAAAUUAUUUUUGAACAGUAUUGUGAAUUCUAUCCUAACUAUGAAAAAUGUAAAGAAUGGCUACAGAAAAAUUUACCUGAUGAGUUUGAGAGAAAAAUGAAAUUAGAUGCUGAACCUGCUCUAGGAGAAGAAGAAAAAAAGAGGCAAAAGAGAGGAGGAAAAGGAAUGCUAAAAGCAAAGAAAAAGGCAGAAAAGGAAAAAAAAAUUUGUUUAUCUAGAGCACCUCGUGGCAAAAAGAAAUUUGUAACAGUUAUAACUGGUCUUAAAACUUUUGACAUAGACUUAAAAGAAGCAGCCAAAUUCUUCUCUCACAAAUUUUCAUGUGGUUCAUCAGUAACAGGUGAUGAUGAAAUUGUUAUACAAGGUGAUGUGAAAGAAGAGCUUUUUGACAUCAUCACCGAGCACUGGCCUGAGAUUGAUGAAGAUGUUGUAGACAUGUUAGGAGAUCAAUCUCGGUAACUAAAAGAAUUUAAAUAGCUGUACUUUAGUGUAAUCAUAUUUGUACAAUAAAAUGCAUUAAAAAUAUUAAUACAUAUUCUUAA